AUGUGGCUGAAGUUUCUUUUGGCUAUUCUUCUCCUGCAUGUAACAACUGCAAAGGAACCUGAGCCGCAAUAUGUCCUGAUGGUGCCUGCUGUCCUCCAAACUGACUCUCCAAGUCAGAUUUGCCUGCACUUCCUUAACCUCAAUGAGACAAUGUCUGUCAGAAUCAUCCUGGAAUAUGGUGCUGUUAACACCACUAUUUUUGAGAAAACCAUGAAAGCAAGCAAUAGUCUACAGUGCUUCAACUUCACGAUUCAUCCUGCCAAUUCUGCCCCAUUGGCUUUCAUUUCCUUCUCUGCCAAGAGCACCACAGUAAGCCUUGAAGAACGUCGGUCAGUGAUGAUCUGGAACACAGAGAGCAUUGUCAUCGUGCAGACAGACAAACCGAUCUACAAACCAGGACAGAGUGUGAUGUUUCGUGUUGUUGCCUUGGAUUUCAGUUUUAAACCUGUUCAGGAGAUGUAUCCCUUGAUUACAAUUCAGGAUCCACGGGGCAACAGGAUCUUUCAGUGGCAAAAUGUGACGUCGGAGAUGAACAUUAUCCAGAUUGAAUUCCCACUAACUGAAGAGCCUAUCCUGGGGCACUACAGAAUUAUUGUAGCGAAGAAGUCAAGAGAUAAAAUAAGUCGCUCAUUCCUUGUGGAAGAAUAUGUGUUGCCAAAAUUUGAUGUCACAGUCAAUGCACCAGAAAGCCUUACAGUCCUGGAUUCAGAGUUCACAGUGAAAGUCUGUGGAGUGUACACCUAUGGCCAGCCUGUUGAAGGGAAAGUCCAGCUCAGUGUGUGCAGGGAUUUUGAUUCGUAUGGGAAGUGCAAGAAAAGCCCAGUUUGUCAAUCAUUUAUCAAAGAUCUGGAGACAGAGGGCUGUGUCUCCCAGAUUUUCAGGUCCAACAUCUUUGAGCUAAAUCGCUCUGGUUACUUGAGGAAUCUUGAUGUGAAAGCCAUUGUCACAGAAAAAGGAACAGGCCUGCAAUUUACAGCUACUCAGUCUAUUGCCAUAACUCGAGUGAUGAGCAAUAUAGAGUUUGAGAACAUGGAUCGCCACUACAGAAGAGGAAUUCCUUACUUUGGACAGAUCAAGCUGGUAGACAAAGACAAUUCUCCUAUUCCCAAUGAGGUUAUUCAGCUAUUUGUCAAUAACAAGAACACAGACAACUUCACCACUGAUGAUAACGGCGUUGCAGAGUUUAGCAUUGACACAUCCGCAAUGUUUGAUCCUGAGAUCAUCCUGAAAGCCACUUAUAAAACCAGUGACCAGUGCCACUCGGAAGGUUGGAUAGAGCCUUUCUACCCUGAUGCAGCUUUCUCCAUCCAACGUUUCUACUCGUGGACUAGCAGUUUUGUGAGGAUUGAGCCUUUGUGGAAAGAUUUGAGCUGCGGGAAGAAGAGGAUGAUCACCGUGCACUAUAUCUUGAACACAGAAGGAUACAAGAGCAUCAACAUCAUGAACUUCUACUAUGUGGGCAUGGCAAAAGGCAAGAUUGUCCUUACAGGGGAAAUGAAAGUUAAUAUCCAAGCUGACCAAAAUGGCACUUUCACCAUCCCACUUGUGGUCAAUGAGAAGAUGGCUCCAGCCCUUCAGUUGCUGGUAUAUACCUUACACCCUGACAAGGAGCUGGUGGCAGACAGUGUCCGAUUUCCAGUUGAGAAGUGUUUCAAAAACAAG